AUGAAAGGAUUUUCAGACGACUUCUACUCUCAACAUACUCCAGCAAAAGACACAGUCCUUCACGUAUUAGCCCAGUCAUGUGACUCUGCAAAUGUAGUCCAACUUAUCCUUGCUGGACAUGGCCAUUUGCUUAUGAAAUUGAACAAAAGGGGCGAGACUGCACUUCAUUUGGCAGCAAGAGAGGGGCAUUUGGGCAUCAUUCGAGCACUUAUUGACUAUGCAAAAUCGGAAGCAGGAUAUUGUUUCCCCCCAUGUUUUAGCAGAUGCAAGUGGAUGCUGAGGAUGGCUAGUAAGGCUGGAAACACCGCUUUGCACGAGGCAGUUAGGAACAACUUCUAUGACAUCGCCAAAUUGUUAGUUCAAGAAGAUCCUGAGUUUUGUUAUCCCCACAAUUAUGCUGUGGAGACACCUCUGUAUCUGGCAGUUGAGAAGGGACGCCAUAAUAUUAUGGUUCUAAUUUUGGAGUCUUGCAAGACGCCAUCUUAUCUUGGCCCCCGACACAAAACUGCCUUGCAUGCUGCCGCAAUUUGGAAUUUGCCAGUAUAUGAUAUUGCAAGACUAUUACUGUCCGCUAAGUGCUCUGCUGCCUAUGUUGCUGCCAAGAAUGAUGACUCCAAGACUGCUCUACAUAUUGCGGUAAUUCAUGGACAUGUAGUUUUGGUGCAAGAGAUUUUAUCCCAUUGCCCAGAUUGUUGGGUUCAGCUUACGGGUAAAAGUCAGAAUAUCCUUCACCUAGCUGUAAAGCAUGAAAAAGGAGAAGUCUUGGAGUUUGUUUUACAAAAUUCUUGGGCUUCUGAUCUCAUUAACCAAAAGGAUAAUGAAGGAAACAGUCCUCUCCACCUGUAUGUUGCUACCAAAAACUUAGAUGGGAAUUGCCUUGUGAAUCAUCCUUUUGUGGAUGUCAAUUCUUUCGACAAUUCCAACUCCACGCCUCUAGACAGAAUAGUACGGCGUGAUCAACUUUCAAAAAGACAGAUUUUAAUCAAUGAUGAGUUGGAGAAAGCAGGUGGCACUCGAGGGUAUCGAAAUGUUGCUACCGUAAAGAAGAACUUACGAGUAUCUAAUCCUGAUGAAGUAAAAAGAGUGGAAAAAUUGGCAGCGAAUUAUUCGAUUGUGGCUACACUGAUCGCAACUGUCACUUUUGCAGCUGGUUUUACAAUUCCAGGUGGAUACUACAGUGACGGUCCACACACAGGCAUGGCAGUUCUAAGCAAGAAAGCAGCUUUUAUUACAUUUGUUAUUUCAGAUUCCUUGGCAAUGUUCGCCUCCAUAGCUGCAGUGCUUGGACUUACCGUGCUCUUUCAGACAAAAAAUCACCGGCUUAAGCUGGCCAUUGUCCGGAUAAAUCGGAAGCGAAUUUUUGGGGCUGUGAUGUUAAUGAUGAUAGCAUUUCUCACUGGCUUGUGCGCAGUGCUACCAAAUUUGGCUGUCAUGAUCGUGCCGUAUGUCCUCGCUGCUUGGCUUGGCGGUCUCAUAUGCUUCGCCUUUUCCGGAAAAUUCGAGGGCAGGGAAUGUACCUAUACAACUAGAUUUAAGCAUAGCGAGGCUGACUAUAGUUUAUUUUACCCUCUACGUCUAUAUAAACGAUGGUAUCAGGAUUUGACUGAAGCCGAGGACUAG